CAGGACCGCAGAAUGUCAUUUGUUAUCUGAUGUCUUAGCAGACUUGAGCGUUGCCCUUGCGCGCUGAGAUGGGUUUUCAGUUAGAACUUUUUGUCGAUCCUGUUGGCGAGAACCUAAAAUGUGAUCUAUGUAACGCCGUGUAUCGCGAUCCUGUUAUAACAUCGUGCGAUCAUGUUUAUUGUGAACAGUGUUUAAGAGCGUGGUUGACUAGCAGAACAGACUGUCCCAAAACUUGUAAACAGAUCUCGUUUGAAAGAGAUGUAACGCAUUUAUUACCUUUACAGAAACUGGUGGAACGGUUACGGACGCGUUGCGUGAACGUCGCAGAAGGUUGUGAGGUUGUUACGCCGCUUGGGGACAUGUUGGCGCAUCUAGAAGUGUGUGACUACACGAAGAAAGAUGUUUCUGGGGUUACUGGCUUACCACGCACAACUUGUUCAACGGAGCAAGUAUCUGGGCCGGAAGUCAACUCACUCAGCCAAGUAUUUGUUUGUAACAAAGGUUGUGGAUUGCCUCUACUGUUUCAAGAUUCCUCAGAACAUGAUUGCGUGAAAUCUUUACAAUCGCAAGUGUGUUCACUGCAAACGAAGCUCACGCGUUCAGAACACGAACGCGAGAAGGUAGCUGCACGUCUUGUGAAACGCGAGGAAGCGAUGCAGGAACGUUUUACGCAGCUCGAAAGAGAUUUGAGGUCGUACCAAGAACAAACAUUGAAUUAUGAACUACGCUCACGAGACCAGCGUUCACAGAUUAACUACUUAAGAAGACAACUUGACAGUCGGGAAUCAGACCAGGUUAGACUUUAUUUAUUAUUUUUUUAUCGACACCUAAAUUGUAAUUACUCGCUCCAUUGAAGUAUACGGCCCCAAUGACUUAGCGCUGUAUGGAUUGCAUAAAUCCUAAAUCCUGUUGUAUUGAUGUAUGAUAACAUUGGACUAUCCAAGAAAAAACCCAAAAUGGAUUGUCUCGAGAACAAGGUAGCUUUAUACCGCGCUAACUUAUGUAGGCUUGUAUACUCAUUGCAAACCAAGAUUGUCACGAUUUGUAUAUAUAGCUUGCGUUUAAGACUUUAUGAAUUGACGUAUAAAUUGUGCUACUCAGGAUAAGAUUUGUAUAUGAUAGAACUAGAAAGCAGAACCUAAUUGGACCCAAUUCAUAUUAUAAUAUGAAAGAUGACUUUUGAAACAAUACGAAUACGCUUUAUUAGUUUAUUUAGACGGCACAUUGUCUGCUCUAGAUUCCGCCUUUUGUAUUUUGAUUUUAAGACUUGUAAUGAUGCGUAUUGCGUUUAUUAUCAUUGGAGAUUUAUUUUAGAUCCAAUUUAACCCAAACGCCUUGCAUCGUACUGACUUAGAACGUCGGUAAUAUACAGCGCGCUCGCUUCACAACGAGGCCAGGAGAAAACAUUUGUUUCAAUGCAUAAAAAAACAUGAGAAUUAGCGUGUGUUUAGUCAAUCAUUCACGCAAUGUCAAACUAUAGUCAUACAGACUUUAAUUGUCCAAUGGAAAGCAUGUUGUUUGUGUUUUAGAAGAUUAAAAACACCUCAGGAUUUCGAGAAAAGUCGUUUAUCAAGUGCGCUUCUAAACCUCUGACGAACGUCUUCACACAAAGCGCCCAUUUUCGUGUGGUUCAGAAGAUAUCAACAGUACCUACAGUCGACCUCACAUUUGAGAAUGCUUAGCGCUUUAGCGCACUUGUUGAUCUUAACGCAGUUUUGAAAUUUGCGCGUACAUGUUAUUCACGUAGAGCCUUAGCGAUCAAGCAUACUUAAGGCUUGGCACACUUUGAAAUGAAUAUUUCUGUGGCAUUAGCGAUUUAAAACCCCUAGAUUGAAGUAUAAACGACUUGACAACAAAUAAUAUUGGUGUUGCUAAGUGCUUGUUACAGACAGGCAACAUAUGAAGUGGCAUGUUUUUGUUGCGCGCUCCACUACAAGCCACAUUCGUGUGCGUAGGAUAUAUAAAUAGCCAAAUAAUCCUGACUUUAUAAACAACCGACAUAUGUCGAAACACUCGCUUGUGUUUCACGCUAUGCUAAUGCGUCAACGAAAUAUGAGACGGCGCUUUGUUUCUCCAUUUACGUUUGCUAUCAAAGUGUUUCUAUAUGAUUUUAGGCAUGAAAACGUACUUCCCUAUAGCUAGGACAAUUGAAGCAUGUACAACCCUCAUUAGCUAGCGCUGUAUAAAUGGCCUCGUUCGCCAUGAAAACUUUGUCGUAAAAUAGUGCAAUGUUGAUGAUGAUUUAGAGUUUCUCCUCAUAAAUAAAACGGUAAUUAUUUCAGAACACGACAAUUCGAUACAGCGUAGUUUGUCCCACGCAAAAGUACACAAGGCGGCAUGAAAUUUUAUGGAUUUAAUAAAAGAACUACACAAAUCCCCUGCUGGAGAUAUGGAUUAUGCUACCUUUACAUAUUAUCGGAAUAAUUUUAGAUCUAAGUUAAUGCUAUUUGAAAAGUACUUUGUAAACGUCAUCUGACGACAGCAGCAACUGAAAAUAUUUGUCGUUAACAUUGAGAUAAACCUGAAUUCAGCCUGAUGUACAAGAAACCUCGGCUGGAGUUGGAAUUUCUAAUUUAGUCCAGUAAUCGCUCGCGGGCAUGGGUGCAUUGGCCUUUGCUGACUCUUAAAUUAACAGUAACACAUCAUACAAGUAUUAAACUAAGCUCAUUAGCUGCAUCUGUCAAUAGUCUGUUUUGCCAGUACUGAUGAAAGUCGUUGUGUAUAAUUGUAUUAAAUAUUUUUUAUGCUUAUUAAAUACAAUAAAUAUUCUCCAUGCUCUGAUGAACAAGAUUAUUACAAACAUAUCGAAGUUUCGAGCCCUUCGGCCAAAGAAAAUUCGCAUGAAAUAUUGAAUUGUUUGUAAUCUUCAGUAAUUGUCAACCAUGCUUUCUAUGCGAACAACUUUCCAUUCUAUAUCAAACUAUCAUAAAAUGUUUGCAACAUGAGUUGAAUACAUUAUUAACCAGUUCGUGUACUUGGCCUUAGCAAAGAUAAGAACUCAGAAUUAUGUUGGCAAAAUAAUUAAAUUAACAUGAUGCACUUAUGUGAGGGGUAAAAACUUACCACAGCCCACAUAAUUGUGUAGUAAGUGAUGUGGAUUCAAAGAACAACCAAUCUUCAUAAUCUUAAUAGCUCAGCAACAAUUUAUUAGGGAUACUUGGGUAUUUAAAUUUUCCCACAAAUCAUGAUUCAUCUCAUUCUGUAAUCUUAUUACUGCUCAAGAAGAAAUUUAAAUUAGAAUUUUAAGCGGUAAAGCCUCUUACAGAAGCACGUUUUUCUUGUCAACGAACCUUGUUCCAAGGCUGGUCAUGCCAGGUUUUGGACAAGGAAAAUUUGUUGAAAACUUGUCAAGUAUGCAUGAAAUACUUUUAUGGUUUCGGCCAACAAAAGGUGACCUUGACGAUAAAUGUUUAACAACAUUCCAUCACACGAGUAACAAAAUUUGUCCGUUGUUGACCGUUCACACGAGAAAGGAAACUCGUCAAGGGAAACUUGUGGCUUAACUUUCGCUGCGCCCAAGGGUUAGAUUAACAAGGUCAAGGAUAGUUGUGAUGUCACCAUGUGUAGCUUAAAAACAUCCGAUAUUUACCAGUUUAUGUUUGCGCUAAAUAUCGGCAAAAGCAGUGAACACAAUAUCAUUUGUUUCGUCUACAAUACAGCGCGUUAUCUCAUGAAAUGCAAUUUGUGAAGCACGUAAUUAUGGGCUUUAAAACGGAAAGAAUUAAGGAUUUAUGACAUUAGUUUUGACGUUCUUUUGUGCAUCUUUUUAGGUAACGAGUGAAAACGAAAUUCGAAUUACUCUGGUACGUUCUGAAGGAAUACUUGGUCUAAACAUCCGAGGAGGAACGGAGGUAAGAUCUUUGAUUUCUAAUUUUGUAAUCUAACCUGGCCUUUGUCACCUCCCCCCUGGUUAAUGAAAAGUUGAUCGACCCCCACACUCGGGUAAGAGGUUAAUUGCCACAUUCCACUUAAUUGUUACAUUCCAAGCAUUCGUUGCGAAAAGUGCUUUUGCAAUAAUCAUAAUAAUAUUGGGAAUAAUUGCGUUCUUUUAAAGCUUUCUUAAGAACUUAAUUAUUCUCUCGAACAGACUUUGAAAGUGCUUAACCUAACACGAAAGCAAACAUGUACUCAUCAGCGCCUUUUUGAAAAAGGAAUUUUGGUUAUUUUAACAAGUUAGAUUCCUGCGUCAUUGCGCGGUCUCGUGUGCUAACGAAAAGUUAUUUUAACAUAAUAGAUCCUUGCAGCAUUGUACGCUCUCAUGUGGGCAAAUACCCUGAUCAAUAUUAAUAUUCUAGGUAAAGACUAUUUUAGAUUCCACGUUAGAGCUUGCGAAAUUACAACAAUUGUGAAUACUUUCGAACCAUUGUAAACAAUUUGUAAACUUUUGAGUACGUUCUAAUUGGAUAUAAAUAUUCGAGAAUAUUUCGCCGAUAAAUGGAAAAGACCCUUGGCUCAAGCCUUUCGAAUAAUCCGUAUUCUUAUUUGUUUGUAAAGUAUUGGGUAUUAACUGUACGAGCUGUAGUUUUCCUUCAUGAAAUUCUAUUACAGAAUAUCUCUCACAGAACAUAACACAACGAAAAGUUAUUUUUUAUCCUUCGUUGAAUUUAACAUGAAGUAUAAUUAAAAGUAUUUUUAGCCAGACUUGUUGGGAUAAAUACAAUUAACAAAAACCAGAUUAGUUCAUUUAGAUCAUAACUGGCAAAAUUAUCAUAAUAAUCAUGAAUAACACGUCUCACUCAGCUCUGCAAAACAUCAAAUCUUUUUAACAAUUUUUGGAAUUCACUUGACGGUGAAAAUAGCCUUACAUGACGGACGUUAUCCAAAUAUUUAUUACAUUUUGAUCAGCGCUAUCUCAAACGAUUGUCGGUUGCUUGGAUGGUAAUAUCAUAUUACUGUUCUUCACUCGAUGGUGUUUCUAGCUUUGGCACUUAUAUUGUUGUUUUUCUCUAUUUCUGCUCAGGAAGAUGAACAGCAUCGCGGAAUAUUCAUCUCAAAAAUUGUGGAAAACAGCCCAGCGUCGGAAAAGUUACAACUAUAUGACAGAAUUCUUCAGGUAUAUUUACGUUUUCCUUCGCACCCUGCGGUUCAAGUCCGGAAAUAACUUAUCAACAUUGCUGCCUAGCAAACUUGUGUCAUAAUUCACAGAUUUAAGGCAGUGUUUUGUGUUAUAUUGUGAAAUUAGUGCCUUUUAAUGGGGGUAUAUAGUUAUAUUUCACUGUGUGGGGUUUCGUGUUUAUGUGGAGAGGUCCAGCCUUCAAACAUUUGAACAUAUGUAUAGUUUAUCAUUUAGCUAUCUUUGGCCAUGACUGUAUUAGGCAUUUAAUCGCAUUUUCGUGACUGUAUCGUGCCAAAACGUGCCAUCCAUAAUACUGUAUGCGUUAUAUCACAGUGUCCUAGUCAUUUGCGCACGAAAUUCUAAGCACGAAAUACGAUAUACGCAUUGAUAAUUAAGAAAAUUGUGGUUCAAAUAUUUCUUUUUGUCGAAAUGACAUAUACACCGUGAUUUGCGUCAUGGCGUCGUGACAGCUAUAUGUAAAAGUUACCGCGUGGCGCUUAACAGGAUGUUAUUCUAAGCAAGCUCGUCUCAGUGAUAAACGACAUUUGGGGACAAGAAGAUUGUGUUAUUGAAUAAUAUUAAUCCGUUUUGAAAGAUCACAGGAAAAUUCUAAAUUUAUCUUGAAGGCUUAAUGCUGUUAGAAAAUGCAUUUUCUUUCCAUCAUAAAAUGAUUUAUAGGGAAGCUUUUCCGAAUGAUAAAAGACAUAUAAAUGGAGUAGUUCUUUUUUAAACUUUUUUUUUAUAUAAACCUAUUACCAUCCUCCAAAUUUGGAUGACAUCUUAAAAGCACUGUCAACAUACUUUCAAUCGGCUAAAUUGACGGCGAGUAAAGGGCCUGGAACUAGCAUCAGGACAGAAAUCCAUUUUGCAGUAUUUCUAUUUUCAUUGUAAAAUUAUUUGAAACUUUAUAACGAUGUUUCGUGAUUGUAACGAUGUCUAGUGUAGACUCGACUCCUUGUUCGUAUUUAUCGAUUGCACAAGCAUUUAAUGAAACAUAUCGUAAAAAGUUUAGUUUAUGGAACAGAUAAAAUCUAAAAUACACUGUCUGUAUUUAAAACAACAAUGUUAAAGCUCUACAAUGUUAAUUGUUUUAAAAGCUGCAGUUCGCUUCAAACUAACCAUAAAUUGCAAUGCAAGUGUUUUUCAACAAUUCGUAUAGUUCGUAGUAAUAAUGAUAUCUUAGUUCAAAGCAUUCACAUAUUUUUUCAAUUACAGUACGCGACAGCAUUUUGCAAGCAGUGAAAGAUUCACUGUAUGAUAACUUCAAGCAAUACACUAGAACAAUAGCCAAGAGCUACUCUAAAGGUUAUCGGGCAAAUUUUAUCUUAUGCACUAUAAAAACACAGUUUGAAUUUUUAAUGGCGCCCUCUCAAGCUAAACUUGAUUUAAAUAGUUCAACAGUUUCGCCAAGAAGAAUGCGCAGUAUUUCACUUUUGGGAACAUACAUUUUAGCAUGGAUGAAGAUUGUUUUGUCUGUGCCACUGUUUUGGCCGGAAAACCCAAAGGAAAGCAGGGAUAAUUCUUGGCAAAGUUAGGAACAAUGAUAAUUUCCGUUUGGUUUGUGUUUGAGUUUGUGGCUACCACAUACUGUGUAGCGAGAUGUCAAUAUCUGCGCCGUUUAUCAUCAAUUUGAACUGAAUCGACUAAAUGACUUCAACAGCGCUAAUGUAAACACGAUCUAGCCUGUGAGACUACGUUCAGUCGGGGGCAACUAUCGUCUUUCUUUUAGGCAUACAAAAUCACCAGAAAAUUGAUUUUGGCUUUAUGUAGCUCUCUAGGAGAGCAUCUCUUUAACAAAUAACAGAAAGAAGCAAUCAAUUAGGUUAUCAGUGAUCGAGAUUUGAAAACGAUUUCAUCAUAUAGUUAUAACUGUGCUGUGUUGUUCGUGAUAUCAUUGGCACUGUAGAUUGUUGUGUAACUUCCCGCUUACAUUGUCUUUGUUAUUGUACAGACUCCUUAAGUUUGCUAACGAUAUAUUAGCGUAGGCAAAAUGCAUGCUGUGUUCGGUAUAUAAAUAAUAAACUAGAUGUAGUUUUGCAUUAAAGUUAUACGGUUACAGCAGUAAAGUGUUUCGUUGCGCUAAAGUUACAAGAAGACUGUUGUAGAGUAAUAGCUGUUAGCGAGUUGUCGUUGCAACAGAAUGUUGACUGUCAGGGUAAGAUCAUUGUUGUGAUAAACUUAUAUAUAAGUGUGUUUGGGCCGAUGAGGUAUCGGAAAGCUCUCAAUACAUAAUUCAUAAUGAUAAAUUAAAUUCACUUAUCCCAAAAUCUUCAUUUCGCCUGAAACCAAUGUGAUGAAGAUUUUGAGGUAAUACUAGGACCUAGGUUAUAUGUUUGUCUAUAAAAACUUAUAUAUUCUCUAUUUUUAAUUCAUUUGCGGAUGUGUGCGGUGUGUCACACCUACUAAUAGCCUAAAAUUAAGUUAAUUCGCGUGUUUGGCGCGCUGAUUAGGCGCAGUUUAAAAUCGUCAACUAUGCAAGUGUUAUUCUAAUUAUUUUUCACACCUUUCCGCUGUAUCGUGACAAACUCUGUUUCUCACAAUGCUCGCCUGUGCAAACACAUGUAAAGCAAGACACGAAACAAGCUUCCGUUUGCUUAGGACGUUUAUUGAAUUAGUUCCAUUGUGUGUUUUAAUAAUUUAUUUCAACCCACAACGUUUUGACGAUACCGCCGUAAAGUACAGGUAAUUAUACCUAACAAGAUUUCCAGCUAAAGCUAUCCACAGACAUUGCAGAAUUUAAAUUUAAACCGAUUUUAGGAUUAGCUAUGAUUGUAUAUGUAUAUAAGUAGGUGCAAAAAACACUAUUCGAUAAAUUACAUUUUUCUCGCUAAAGUAAACGUGUUUUCAAUUUAUGGCAUAGCCGCAUAGCUAUGCGUAGGUUGCAAUUGAAAAAUAGUCCACCCCCAGAAAGUAAUCGGGAAUUGUAUUUGAGCUAUUCGUUUGUCGUCAAACAAUUUAGUUUAAACAGCUGCAUGUAGUCUCUGCCCACCUAUAUUAGCAUACUGUUGUUCUCUGGUGAUCAUAAUUUUGUUUUACGACGCUUAACGUAUAUAUUUGUGAAAAGGGUAUUAUCAAAUAUGUUUGUACAUUGAACUUAAUACUGCGACCUAUGCUACAAAUACUUUCAGAACUGUUCAUAGUGUAAAAUAAGUUCUUUUGAAAUUCUUUUCCUUAAAGAAAUAGAAAUAAAUAAUAAUGAUAAAAGUAUCUUUUAAAAAUAAUAGCAAUAAUGAAAAUAUUUUUUAUUAAAUAUAUUUGGGGACACUUGUAUUGGAAACUACGCCUGUGGUCAAUGUAUGUUAGAGUACAAAUUUAAAAUAAGACACAAAUAAGAUAAAUAUUCAUUGUUAUCGAUAAAAAUUACAAUGGCAUUAAUUUUGCAAGUCAUGCUUUUAUUUCGCAAUUUCCUUUGUUCAAUUUGUAAGGAGACUUGCAGACGUUGUGGUUGAAAAAUUCCUUGAGAAGUUUUUAGGAUUUAAUGACAUUUAAUUCACAUCAUCUGGUGUUGAACAUUUUCCAGAAUAUUCCCCAUUAAAGUGGUUAGCAUUCUCUCUAUGACUAGGGGGUAGCACGUGGGGAAAGCAUGAUGACUACCAUAGUUAAACGCAUGUGGAGAAGAUACAGGCAUGUUGCUCAGAGAUUCCUUAAUGGGUUACCAUGGUGGGCUCACCAUAAUUUUUACAAGUCUCUAAGAUACUUUCUUUUGUUAAAAAAUUCACUUUGGAAACUUGAGUCCAUACACUACAGUAUAUAAGUGUGUACCAUUCUAUUUGAAUUAAUAGAAAAAUUAUUUCAUUUCACAGACAUACCGUCUCAUAUAAAAGGGUUUGGAUUGGAAAUUUCAUGUACUCAAUAAUAAUGAUUAAUUAUCGUUCAUUAAAAUAGAAAGCACUAUACACAAUAAGCCAAUACAAAACCUCCAGCUAUACCCCAAUAUUUUGCAGCGAUGUUGUAAAAGUUAAUUCUGACUUGGACUCAAAAACUGGAACAAAUUAAAAAUGGAUGUUUGGCAUGACAGAUAUUUUGACAGACAUUUCAAUUUCAAAGGACAGUUGGUUUUAAUUUAUAUAAAAAACUGACCAACUUAAAACAAGAGUAUUCAGUGUGUGAAUUAAAGGGUUUAAUGUUUUAUACAAUAAACAUGUGCCAUAAUAAAAUCUCUAGACAUUUUCAGAACCAUUUAUUCUUCUGUGUACAAGAGCAGAACUUUGAAGAAUGAAGUUCUAAUUUUUUCAAUAGUAGCAGUCAGACAUGCUAAUGACUUUAUUGACACUUAGGGUAAAUAUUUGUGGAGUUGUGUUAGUUCAUGACAGCUGAUUUUAAUUUUCCACAAACUUUGCUUGAAGUGCAGACAAUGAAAAUUUGUGCUUGGCUCCAAACGACGAGAGUUGCGUUAAUGGUUAGUUAGCAAUGUGAUCAGAGGGAAUUUGUGUUUGAUUAGGGUUAAGUUUGUGCAAAAUUUAAUUAAUUUAAGUUUGUCUUUCUUUUUGUUCUUGCUUGGUGUGGGUUGGCUUGUCACAGGAAAGCAGAUGCUGGCAGCUUUAGGGCACGUUUAUACUAUCAAAGUUUCUGUGAUCACAGUAGUCUAAGUUUUUAAGGAUUUGUAAGAAAUAUUUGAGUGGGCUGAGUCAGUGUUAAACACUGAUAAAUUCUAAAUACUGUGCAUUCGAAAUAUACAGUUUUAACAAUUGUGUAUUCUGAUUAUGUACACUUUUUUCGGAAUAACUAGUUGAUUUUCUUGCGGCAAAAAAGUCAACAUUUCUGAACUAAACCAUUCACCAUCUGCUGUGCUCAGAAGCCACCAAGUGAUAGGAUUUCUUCCAAGUCACAUGUUAAAUAUUGGAACCCCAAGUCGAGAUACCAUAGGGGUAUUCUUGGGUGACCAAAAUUAUUGCUAUUUCCACUUUCAAAUAUUAUUCUUGCCCUGAUUGCCACGGUUGGACUGUCAUUAUAUGAAAAAAUAUUGAUCAGCUGAGACAAUAACAGACUGCUGUUCUCUUAAUUGUUCGAGAAUAUUUGGAUAGCACCAGGAUCAAUUCAUAAUUGAACGUUUUAUUGCUACUCCUGUUUACUUAUUUAUUUUUCUUGGUGUUAUUCCAUAUGUGUGUUGUUCCUAACCAUUCAAGGUCAACUAGCAUAUGGCAAUCUUACAAGUUUGUAAAUUCCUGUAAUAAAAUCUCAUCUGGAAUUUGUGAUUGUUGUAAAAAUAUCAAUCUCAAAGGAAUCGGUAUUUCAUUUUUGGGCAGGAAAUUAAUUAGUGUCUGUUUUGUCUGCAGCUUAAAAGAUUUGCAUUACAUUCGCAUGUCUUAGCGAAACUAAGAGCAUUGCAACAGUUUGAAAAACGAUUCGAGUUUAUUUCAGAAAGAACCCUUCUUGUACCCCCUUUGAAGUACCCGUUUAUUUCAGAAGGAAUACUCUUUUAGACAAUACCCUUUGGAGUACCUUUUGAGUUAAAUACAGAUCAGUCAUACACUUAAUACUGUUGAAAGAUAGUUGAUUUAGCAUUAUUUAGUUUUCAAAGGACUCGACAAUAGAAUACAAAUGAAUGCAACACAAUAGAAUCAUAUGAUUUUAUUGUAGUAAAUGGCAUCAUUUAAAGGUAAUUGCAGUAUCUCGAGCAAGUAUCUUGUGUUUGAUUAUGUUGCUAAGUGGUUUCUGUGUUUUCAAAUAUUUUGAGAUUAUAAGAAUUAACGGGAAAUAAUUAAGGAUAUUUUGUCUACAUAGAAAUCGUUUCAGAUUAAAAUCAACGUUUAAUAUUUUACAAAUAUGCGUAAUGCAAACACGGCAGAUCCGUUGUGAUUCGCUAAUUAUGCUAAUUAGACAAGCCUGACAGAUUUUAUGCAGAAUUGGUAGCAAUUACUUCCUUAACUGUUUUCGAUACCAAUUCAUUAUUCACAUUAUAGCUGAUGAAAUCCAGCGACAAUUUCUAAAAAGUGAUUAUAGUUUUGUCAACGGAUUUUAACUUUUAAACCGGAAAUUCCUAAGAUCCUAAUUUCAGGAAAAGGUUUUGUCGGCACUUUUAAUGUACUUUGCUUAAGAACUAUUUUAAAUCUUUCGUAAAAACUUUAAAAAUCUUCUACACAAACCCCUGGCUAAUUUGAUUUUUAUCAUGAGGAAACUUGGACUCGUUCCCAGUCUCUGCCCUAGAUUUGGCCGAGUAAUAUAUCAGUACAUAUAACAUUACAUGUAUGCAAAUAUUACUGCACUUUUAUGUGUUAUAAAUAAUUGAAGAAGCCAUAAACUUCUACCCCUUCUAAACCCAACUAUGUAUUACUUCGCCAAUGUAAUUCGUGAAUACGGUGUUACUUUUCGAAAUGCCUCUGGGAAAAAUUGGUAGUAUUAUACAACAGUGUUUUGCUAACAUUGGGGAGAUGUGUAUAUAACACUCGUGCUUAUUCAACCACCUACGCAAAGACAUAUUGUGCAAGACAUUAAAUCAUCUAAUCCUGUUCUCCCCUCACUCGCAUGAUAGGAUUACCUACGGGGCUUCCAUUACGUUCAUUGUGGCUUCAUCUAUUACUCCAGCUUGGAGGCUAUCAACCUCCUGCAUUUGCAAAAUUGGUCACAGACUUGCUUCACCAAAGUAAACAAUUGCUUAUUUAUUUGCCAAAUAUUUGGGUCAAGUUGUUUUGUAUAUAUACAGCACUUCUUGACAAUAUUCCCACGCGAUAAAAGAGAUAUUCUGAGAUAGUAUCAGUUCCCAAUCUAAACUGGACCAAAUCUCGAAAAAUCGGCCAUCCACAAAUGUUUACAGUAAAUUGCUCCAAGCAUACAUGGACUUAUUGGAUUAGACUGAGUUCAAUUAGAAACUCAGGGAUUAUUAUUCACAAUCUAUUUUCGCCUCAAUAUUUCCAACCUGGGAUUUCCUCCAGAUAAUUUAACUCCCUCUGUGAGCACGCAAACUGUCCGUGUUAUAGACAGGUUUGAUAACCCCGUAAGCAAUAAUAUUUGCACAUCUGACAUGCAUGUUCUGUGCGGGUGCUGGUAGACUGUAGUGCUUAUAGACUGCAUUUAGGCCUUCAGGAAUGGCAUAGUUUAAUAUAUAUACUAUUGAUCUAUAAUAAUACAGUAUUUGCUUAGACAUGAGAUCGCAGUUUUCGACUUGACAUUUUGGAAACCAUAUGAAUUGCACUUUAAAUUAACAUGGGCUCAAUUUUUAGCAAUGGGGCAACUGUGGGACCUUGUAUUACUCCAUAAUCAGUCCUUUCGUAAAUUUAUACUUUCAUGCAACAAUUUCCUAAAUUGAAUCUAAUUUUUAAGUCUAGAAUUAAACUCUGAGGUUAUAAAACAGGGGCUGGGUUUUUUAUUUACAUAUGCUGCAGUGUUUAAGAAUAAUUUAUGAGUUGUACUUUAAGUUGUAAUUUUUUCUGCCAAAGUUACCAUGGUAUAAAAACAAACAGUCAUUUAUAAAACAUGCAAGAAAGUAAACAACUUAAUUUAUCCUUCAAAUUUUCAUGAAUACCAGCUGGAGUCCAACUCAAGGACAAAAUUUAUAGUUCGGUAUAGUUUUUAACAGGGCGCGAGGUUCUAAGAGGCCUUAGUCCUAUAGCUAUAUUUAAAGAAGGUUUUGCUUGUCAUCGCUAGGAGUAGAGGACGUGAAAUUGAACUGCUAACUGGGUAAGAUUGUAACUAUUGAUGUAACUGUUAUAAUAUAAUAGUGAUAAUGGUUCUUUAUUUCAAAUUAAACUGCGUAUAACUCGCUCGGCCAAAACGCUGCAGUUUUAAACUAAUUGAUAGAGUAAAGAAACAUUUAAACUUUUUAUACAUGUAGAAUACUUUAAACAAUCAGUAAUUAAAAGUACAACCAGUUUUUGGAGGAGAAUAUUUUGCGCAGCUAAGAAUUUUUAAGCUUUAAAGAUUUAAAAGAAUUUUAGACCGUUUCAAUGACCGUUAAAUAUUCGUGAUGUUAAACAAGAAGUCUUAUUUUUACAGCUUGCAAGUGCAUUGAAGUAGGUUUGCUUUGCAUGCAUGCGAUGGUGUGUAAUCUUGCGUAUAGUUUUGCAAUUAUCGGUAACACUGCAGCUAAUAUUUUCGCCAAAACUCUAAAUAGUAUCAUUGAUUUUCUGCUGUAGUAAAAUUUAGGUAUGAAUUACUUGAGUAAACUCAGGAAUUCGGUCUAAAAAAUGAAACAUGUUUGUUACUCAUGAGAGCAAAGUUUGCAAGUGGGGGAACUGAGUAUUUUUUACGUAAAUAUUCUAACCAAAUUAACAGCUUUUUAUUCCGAUGAAUUAUUCCUUUUAAUGCGCUUAACCGUUAUACAGUAAGAUACUAUUCUGCACAAGUAACAGCUACAGAGUUUGGGAGUCAAAAUCGAGGCAAAAGUUAACAAAACGGGCGGUAUGUGAACGAUAGACAAAAAAAACCCAAUUUCCAUCACGACAGCUGCACUGCUGCAGACUGCAGUAAAAUUGUUUUUCUUUUUUACAUGAAUUAUUCUGUUGAAUUUAUUCAUUUCUGCAGACUAAGUAAGUCACCCACUGUGUGAACUGACAUAUUGCACGGAUCUGACGGAUGUAUUAAGGUUCUUCCCCACUGUUCACUGAGAGGUGGCUCUUUCCUCGGCAAAAUUACUGCGGGCAGUUUAUGGGAUUUGACAAGAUGAAUGCUUUGAGGUUUUGAAAUUUUUCUAGUUCCUAAGACAAUCAUGUAUAAUUAUAAUCAUUUCGGCCAUUAACAGAAAUGCAGGGGGGGGGGAGUCCGAUGAGUAAUAGUUCCGGGGAUAAAUGUAAUCAUUUACAUGGCAUAGGACAGGGGGGAGAGGGAAAGUUGAUGUGUAUAAAUGUCCGGUUUAACCCGUUUGGUCACUGAUCUUACGAUAUCACUGGAUAACGAAAUUUUGUGUUCCCUCUGGAUAUUAUUUAGGAUUUGACUAAUUAACUCGCGGGCGUUCAUCGCGGGUUAAGGCACCCGCAACGAAUUACGUUCAUGUUCAUGCUGACCUCAAAAUAUAUGACUAGAUAGUGCAAACUGUACUAAACCUUGAAACUAAACUGAAUAAAACCCUCAAAAGUGAACUGUGAGUAUGGUAAUUUGUAGUAACUACUCGACGGCCGUGCCAAAACGUGUUUGAAGUGUAGGAAGGAAGGUUUCGUUAUCCACUUCAAAACAAAGAGCAAGAUAUCAAAAGCAGUCACCUUUCCUUCAAGACAUUCUUUGAAAAACACUUCAACUUUAUCUAGAAAGAGCUUUUGUUGUUGUAUUUUAUCCUUCCUUUCUUACUUCUUUAAAUGUUUGCGAGAGCGUUUGUAACAAAGUGAAUCUUUCUUACUUAGUUUAACUAAAAAAAUGUACGUUUAAACAAGAGACGAUAAAGUUUUGAAACUAUUGCUGCCAGUUUCAUUUGCCAUUAAAGCCAAGCCAAAAAUUAUAGAUAUUGGACCUUUUGUCCCACUCUUUAAAUUAACAUGAUUACAGUGAAAGUAUUGCCAUUGGCUUCUAUACCCAAUAAUUAUCCAUGGUACUUAAAUGUGCUCUGUGCAUUUAAUGAUUUAAAAGAAUGUAUUAAAAGAAUGUAGUACACAUUCAAACCGCCUAGUUGUAAGCAAAACAAUUGAACUUUUUGGAAAACUUCCUCUCCCGGCGUGUAUACAUAUGUUUUGCGCGGGUAAAAGAAACUUAUUAAAAGGGAAACUGGUCUUGUAUUGAACUGCUUCGCUCUUUAAGAGGAAAAGUGUCCAAAACCUUUUAUUUUCUAUAUUGUACAGUUAACUAUCUUUUUAAAUGCAUCUGGCGGUUGAGAAUAGGAAACAAAUAGAGAUAAUAGGAAAAAAUUUAAAUUAAAAUACAAUUGUAUUUUUAAAUACAAUUGUAUAUUAAUAUUGCGCUGGCGUAGUGGUCAAAGCAAGCGACCUUCACCUCUGAACGGACUCAUGUGAAAAGAGUCAGUAUAGACGCUCUGACGAAAGCCGUGGGUUUCCUCCGAAUGCUCCGGUUUCCUCCCACAGGGAAAGUUGACAGGGUGGGUUAUAAUAUAGGAUAAACACAGUUAAGUAAUAUUACAAUUGUUGUAAAAGAUAAAACAGUCUAUAGGCUGAGUAUAUGAUUAGGUAAGCAUAUAAUACUUGAUGUAUUUGAUCAAUAUCCACAUUUGCGCUAGACAAAUGAUAAUAUGAAUCUUGUAUAUUACGUUUAAAUGGACGCCAUAUUUACAGAAAUAUAAGUCGAAACUUCCGGCAUAAUUUUCUCUUUGUCGUACCAUCUGAAAUCUCUUCAUUUUAGCAUUAUCUUGUAGAUAAAACACUAAAAUCAUUAAAAAUAAAAAAGCCGAUUGAGAAACUACAGUAUCAAAUUUUUGACUAUGCAGAACUGAGCGGCAUAUUAUACUCGUGACUUUGGGCGCGUCUUACGUAACAUAAAAAAGUCUCCUCUUGAUAAAUCCUUCAUUUAUCCUGGAAAACUUUCUUUGAUUCAUGAAAUGGGCUAUCUCAAAACAAAGACAAGCAGGAUUAUUUAAAGAGCGAGGCGAUUGUAUGGACUUUUUGACGCUACUUAUUGCCGGUCGUAUAAAUUCAACUCAUCCAGAAAAUUGACUCUUCCAGAUUCACCCCCAACCUGGCGUUCUUACAUUGUUUGCUGGUUAAAUGAAGUACCACUUGAACCUUGGGGGAACUCGGUCAAUAUCAAUACAUGUCAAUCAAAAUCUAUUCUUAUUCGUAAAUACCCUCUAACGCUCUACACUUCUCUUGCAGAUCAACCAAGUCGAUCUGACGAACGCAUCGCAUCAAGAGGCUGUGAAGGCUUUCAAAAACGCAGGGGAUAAAUUGGAUAUAACCGUACGAAGAUUUAAUAACCCAAAGCACGGAGACAUGUUUUCAACCGGGUUUGUCUCCAUUGGAGUUCAAACUGAGACUAUGGAUCAGAGCGAGAUGAGAAUCACUUGCUGUCGUUGUCGAAGUAAUCGUUCUUCGCAAGAAUUCUCUUCGCAAGGCGCGAUUAAUAUCAUCCAUCAGAAAGAGGACUCAGGAGUCGACGAAAUUGGCGAACACCAAUCGGACGUUGACGGCUGUGAAGCUAACGAACUUAAAAAUAACACAGGGUAUACGUCGGACGAUGUGAAACCUCGUGACGAGAUGUUAAACACGUUGUUACUGAAUACAUCUCUGGCAGCGUUAGGAAAACGAACUAGCCGCAUCAUACCCGUUGACGCAGGUCGAACGUCCUACGAACCCGAGGAUUCUUCCGAGUUACAAAGCUUAAGUAAUGGCUACUAUUCGGGCAAUGUUAGCCAGGCGAGUUUGGAGAAUGUUAAACCUGUCGAGAACGGCAGAGAAGGACUGGAAACAACUCAACAAUUGGCGCCUGAUGAGGAAUGUUAUAGUCCAGUUAAUGAAACUGACCAGUUGUACUUUGAUUCUGAACUGGAGUACGAGUAUGAGGUAUGUUGAAAUUAUUAAUUUGGGCUAUCUGUAUUUUAGUUUAACAUGGGUUCUAUAUAGUUCCUAUUAGUGUGUUUCACUGAGCACUAUCGCGCAGCAGAUGGUUGCCAAUCUGCAGUUAUCAUAGAGAUAAAUAAUGUUAAUACUUUUCAUAUUAUAUACAGUAGUCUUUUAUUUCGAGGCCAACAUCACAACAUGUAGUUUAAUUUUCUUACUCAAGUCUGUCAUUAUAUCUGUUUGCUGUCCUGCAACGCUGAAUACAACCCACCCAUUUUGGCCUGGUCUUUAAACAAACCCAUAAAUUAAACUCAACAAAAAGCUUGUCAAAGAAAGCGUCUUAGUUUUCCCAACUUAUAUCGUUCUGCAACAUUACCUAUAAAUUAGCUAUUAACUGUAUGAUAGAUAAGAUGGAAGUAUUAUGCACUUCAGGCGUAGGAAAUAACCCUAAGUGCUUUUCUUACAAACAUGUCAAUCACAGCACACAGAAGGGAUCACUGGACAGAAUACAGGAAGUCAAAUCACAUGGAAACCGCAAGUUUCUUCUGUUUGUCAUGAGUUACCGACGUAAAAAUAAGAGCGUGUUUUGGAGCAUGUUCCAUAAUUCAAGUCACAUGAAAAAUCCGCAAGUUUCUUGUGUUUGUCAUGAGUUGCCGACGUAAAAAUAAAGAGUGUUUUAAAGCAUGUUCCAUAAUACAAGUCACAAGAACAACCGCGUAAGUUUUUUUUCUGUUUGUCAUGAGUUACCGACGUAAAAAUAAAAGCGUGUUUUGAAGCGUGUUCCAUAAUACAAGUCACAUGAAAAACACCGGUUAUAACGGGAUUGAAAUAGAACUUUGAAUAUUGCCGCUAAGCCCAUAUUCUUCAUAUCUGGGAGGGUUGUAUUCUUCGUUAUAUUCCGACAGGUUACAAAAUGUCUUGUUCUUUGUACACAGCGAGGUCCUGACACAAACCGUUGCGUACGAACAAUACGAAACUUAGUUGUACAUGUAAAAAAAACUUAAGUAUCGCUAUAGGAUGUAAUGACGUCAAUCAUGUUCCAUUAACCUUGAUAUCUAUCAAGGUUAUGAUGCAUAGACUUGUUUCCCUGUAUCAAAAAAUCUAAAUUUAGGCAUGACUGUCCUGGGAGAACGGGAAUCUACUUUAUCCUUUAUCACCAUCAACUGUGCAGGAAAUUGAAAGCGUCAUUGUUAAAUUUAGAUCCCCCACAUAACGUAAAAUGUCCUAGUUCUUUCACAAUCCUGCAGCAAAGUUUUGCAACAAGUUUUAUAUAUUAGAGAGGAUUCAUAUAUUAGAGAGGGUUAUCCAAUUUUCUAACUCCAAGAAUUUUUUCUAACUUCUCUAUUUAGGAAAUUACAAUCAGAAUGUCCAGCCGUAAGGCUCUGGGGAUGAAAUUAUUCUCAGGCGAUGGAGUCGAAGAUGCAAACUCUGUGUUUGUAGAUGAGGUACGAGGAUAUAAAUCUUAUAACCGGAUUCUUUCAUUUAAAACCCCAGGAAUCCCCUUCCCACUUUGUGUCUAUACUUGCUGGCCUAUCCCUUACUACCACUGGGUUAUCAGUGGAUUUGGAUUCCCUCCAAUAAACUGUGAUCUAACUGAUCUUUGAUCUUCAGGUUGAUCCUAGAUCGGUUGUUGGCAAAGAUGGGAGAGUCAUUGAAGGAGAUCAAAUUCUGAAGGUAAUUAAAUAUAAUUGUGAGAAAAUUUAACACAGAUUAAUUGCAGAUACCGAUCAUUUAUUUACGGUUCUGAACUAUUUGCCAGUGAGAAUAUUCUCGGACAAUAAAAACUAAGUUGUCAAGUGGUUCUAUAUAUUUAAUACAGUUCUUCUUGUCUUUGUAGAUUAACGACUUGGCUGUAACUUGCCUGGAAGACGCCGUCGGAUUAUUGAGCAAAAGACACAACGAAAUCAAGUUUCUUGUUGCAAGACCUGUCGCUGAGGUAAUGCAUAUGUUUUGUUUUUUCUUUUUACCAGGCAAACUUGUUUGAAAGUUUCUCUCUAGAGGUUCAGUAUAAAGGAUUACCGUUUUAUAUUGAUUCAGUGUUACUACAGAUGGAAAAGCGAACUGAGCGAGUUUGGUUGUGUCAUAUUGCAGAAAUCUAACCUCAUGAAAAGCACAUGCAUUAAAUAUGAUCCGCAUGAAACACUAACAUUAUUUCAUGUUUCGCUUGCUACUCUGGUUUGAAUUAAAUGAUUACAAAGCCCAGUCGAAUUGUAAUCAGGACCCAACGUUUCGACACUCCAGUCUAGUGUCUUCAUCAGGGGUGAUCUAAAGUUGCAAUUGUGGCUUCUUAAAUACCCAAGGGAUGACGUCACCUGCCAAUGAGAUGCAUAUAUUCCUCUGGCAAAUAGGCACCGUCAUCCCUAUUCAAAGCAUGAUUACUCAUAUUUAUAUGCCAUGCUUCUAGGCAAAGUUUUUUUACCAUAGCGAUUGUUUGUGGUGCCUAGAAGCCUAGAAGCGUGGCAUAUAAAUAUGAGUAAUCAUGAGUAAUCAUGCUUUGAAUAGGGAUGACGGUGCCUAUUUGCCAGAGGAAUACAUGCAUCUCAUUGGCAGGUGACGUCAUCUCUUGGGUGAUCACCCCUGAUGACGACACUAGACUGGAGUGUCGAAACGUUGGGUCGUGAUUACAAUUCGACUGGACUUUGUAAUCAUUUAAUUCAAACCAGAGUAGCGAGCGAAACAUGAUUGAUAUACACCUGGUUGCAGUGAACGAACAAACUUUAAAACUAACAUUAUUUAUUCCCCUCAUAAAGUUACAAGCAACAUUACUUGGUGCGGAAAGCGACCACGGUGGAGACGACUUUCACGAUCAAUCCCGAUUCCAUCUCGAAGCCUACCCGAUCGGUGUUAUUCAAGAAGAAGAUGAAGACGAAGCUGAGACGAUGAUUGGCGACAAGUCCCGAGAAGACGAGAAAGACAGUGGCUUCGGACGUACCGACGACAGUACGAAGAACGACUCGGAACAAGACGGCGGAGACGACCGACUGAUGAGGGAUGAGAAAGAGCAACAUAAAGCACAAAUGGAUGCGCUGGGGAAACAGAUUAUUCACUUCACUGCAUGUGCUAGCAAUGCACGAGAACUAGGGCUGCGUGAUAGCCCACGCGAGAAAAGCUCAGACGAGCACUCGCAACGCUCGGGAGAACGCGAAAAACGCGACCGGAGCACGAAAAAUAGCUCACGCAAAUCUGGGAGUAAAACUUCUUCAGAUGAAAACGCCCAUCCUUCAGGACAUGAACAUAAAAAUAAGACUAAUAAAAAGUCGUCCAGGAGUUCUGAAAGCAGUCCAACUGGGCCUAGAAGUAAAGAGAGAUCAGAGGGCAAGGAUAGAAGUGAACCUAGGAGAAAGAAGGAGAGAUCUAAGGAUGAUUCUAGUAAGUCAACGAGAUCAUCUAGGGAUGACCGUGGAUCUUCUCGGGAUGAUCGUGGAGCGAACCAAAAUGGCCAUCAAUCUUCGACCGAGAAUCCCGAAAUGAAGGUGGAGUGGAGAGUGAGGCGAAAUAAGGACGGUAGCCGAAUAUUUAUCAGUAAAAAACUUAAACCCGCAAAGCAAAAACUUCUACGCGAGCGUGCGCAAAAACUAGCCGAAGAACGUCGGGGACUGACGACGGACGACGAAACGCAAUCGGUUUACCUCGGAAAGUACUGGAGCCGAGAAGAUCGUCGCCGGCAGCUCGAUAAAGUUCGUGAAGCGAGACGUACGAAAAAAGUCGAAGUGGAAGCUGAACGCAAAGCGCGCGGAGGUACUAUGAAGAGAAAUGAUUUUCAAAUCAUUGCACUGACGCAAAAGAAAAUGGCUUGCACAGAGCAAACCUUCGAUGACUUUAUGACAGUCGAGGAAAUCUUGAGACAGAGAAACAGACUUGGCAUGUCAAGUGGACCUGUCUUUGUCACGACUGUUUAAUUUGUUGACACUGUAGUGAAAUAUAAAGUAUAUAAAGAUUGUAUAAAGUACUUACUCAGCAUAUAUAAUUGAUAUUAUAACCAUCUUAUAUAGUUGUAAACAUAUUGUACAUAGUGAAAUUUGAAAGUAAAAUUCAUAUUAAGUUGAGAAGUAUGGAUUCUUGUUUAUUCGAAUGCUUUGUGUCAGCAUAGGUAGUGAGAAUAACACCAGAAAGUUGCAG